AUGCAUGAGAAUAUAUAUCGACAGGUGGGAUCGCCAGAAGUCGACAAAGCAUGGGAAGAUCUCGGUGUUAAUUAUCGAGCUGGUGUUAUCUCAUACGAGGAUGGCUUAGCUAGCGGGCUGGGAGCAUCCUUUGUCCAGCGUGCGAAAAAGCAUGGUGGAGGUUUUCUGGUCAACGUCGAGGGGAUGCAUCACUUGCACUGCUUGAAUCUAGUUCGCAAAGCGCUCUAUUUCAACUACGAUCGAUAUAAAAAGUUGGGAGAGCAUGCAUUUCUAAAUGAAGAAGAUAUCCUGCGUCGGCAUAUUAUUCGCCAAGUCUUGAUGUGUAAUGUAGAUACGGGCGUUCUGGGUCAGGUGUGGAUCAACCCGGAGGAGCCAACGGCAUUUCCAGACUUCCGCACAAAACAUACAUGCAAGAACUAUGAAGAUAUACGUGAAUGGGCAGAGCGUCUUCAAGCGCCACCUCUUGAUCACAUACCCAAAGAUUAUCUGGCCCCGCCAAAGCCUGACGAUGUAAUAGUUUCUACACCAUAA